CAGCAAUUCGCUUGAACGUUUCGGGUCAUCCGCUUUGUUAACCGGGCCUUUCUUGUCGUUGUGACUUGCAGUUCAUGAAGGACAUGGGUGUGCUCGGAUUCAUCUGUCUUGUUAAAAGCAGAGGACGGAAGAAAGUAAGCUUAUAAAAAUUUCUAGCUCUCGAGGUACGAUAUUAUGAAUGUUAUUUCAAAUUACCUUGCCAUCUGCUAGUUUUCUCUCGGUCAAAUAAUUCCGUAUCUCCUCCAUCUGCUGGACUAAAUCAGGUCGUUACCAAUCCGACAUACCGGUACAGCCAUUUAUUUGAAUUUGGCAAUUUGAGGCGCUUCACCCGAAGCCAACCAACUACGACCAUGGCAACAGAAUACAUGAGCGCCGUAUGGAAGGACGGCCUUUUUAAGGACCGAGUAAUCUUUGUGACUGGUGGCGCCGGCGACAUCUGCAGUGCUCAAACAAAAGCCAUCGUUCACCUCGGAGCCAAUGCCUGUAUUAUCGGCCGCAACGUUGAGAAGACUGAGAGGGUUGCUAGGGAAAUCGCUCAGGUUCGACCAGGGGCCAAGGUCAUUGGCAUUGGAGCUGUCGACGUCAGAAAGUUUGAGGACCUUAAAAAGGCGGCAGACCGCUGCGUGAGCGAGCUGGGCGCCAUCGACUUUGUCAUAGCCGGAGCGGCGGGCAACUUUGUGGCGCCCAUCUCGGCCCUGACGCCCAACGGGUUCAAGUCGGUCAUUGACAUCGACACCAUAGGAACCUUCAACACUAUCAAGGCGACGGUGCCGCACCUCAUGGCCUCGGCGUCGCGGAACCCGAACCCCAGCCCGACGGGGCAGACGGGAGGGCGCAUCAUCUACGUCUCGGCGACCUUCCACUACACCGGCGUACCGCUCCAGGCGCACGUCUCGGCGGCAAAGGCGGGUGUCGAUAGCCUCAUGGCAUCGGUGGCGCUCGAGUACGGCCCCUUCGGGAUCACGAGCAACGUCAUCUCCCCCGGUGGUAUUGAGGGAACCGAGGGCAUGGAGCGCCUGUCCAGCGGCGAAGUCAACAAGGACCCGAAGUUGGGCGGGGGUGCGGUCCCGACUGGCCGCUGGGGAACCAAACGCGACAUUGGCGAUGCGACCAUCUUCCUCUUCAGCGAGGCGGGUAACUACGUCAACGGGCACUGCCUGGUGGUCGAUGGUGCCGCCUGGAGAGGUACCAACGCGGGUGUCGGUCUGGAUCCGGGCAUGCGCUACCCCGAUUUUAUCCUCAAUGGAGAGUUCUCCAAGCAUGUCAAAUCUGGAAGGAAAUCGAAGCUUUGAUUUAUUGUGCUUUUAAUCUUUAUUUCAUGAAAAUUUGUAUAUGGCCCCAGGAACGGAACUACCUUUACCUUUCGCGCAACUUAGAACGGGGGCUGGAUUUGAUCACAGUCAACUUCAAAUAUACGGUAUCACGAUCAAAUAACGCAGAUACUAUUUGCGAUGCUUACCGGAUGUGGUUCGGGCCUUUGUGGGCUUUUUGUCGGUUGUCGGGGAUAGUCCGCGGACUUUUAACCCCCCGGCAAGCUGGACUGGACUAUGUAGUACUGGAUAUUAUGACACACAAACACUGUGAGGAAUAAGCAGACCCAUCACAGAUGGACGGUUGGGGCCGAGUCAAACCCACGAUUGGGUGUUCGUUUACGAUACCGGUGGGGUUUCCGUCUAAGAUCGUCCUUAUCAAGGUGCCUGUCAACUCACGAUGGGGGAUG